AAAUUAAGUCGAGACCGACCACUCUUUCGUCCCGGAUUCCCGCCUUCCUGCCGUGCGCCCCAGAUCCUUCCUCCCCUUCUCACCCAACCAUGAACGGCACCAAAAGCGUCAACGGUACCAACGGUACCAACGGUAUCAAUGGUACCAAUGGCAAAGCAAAGGCGGCCAAGGCCAACAUUGGCGUCUUCACAAACCCCAAGCACGACCUGUGGAUAAGCGAAGCCGAGCCGACGCUGGAGAGCGUCCAGAAGGGGGAGGAGCUCAAGGAGGGUCAGGUCACCAUCGCCAUCAGGAGCACGGGCAUCUGCGGGUCGGAUGUGCACUUCUGGAAGCACGGCUGCAUCGGCCCCAUGAUCGUCGGGUGCGACCACAUCCUCGGGCACGAGUCGGCGGGCGAGAUCGUCGCGGUGCACCCGGGGGUGACGAGCGUCAAGGUGGGCGACCGGGUGGCGGUCGAGCCGCAGGUCAUCUGCAACGCGUGCGAGCCGUGCCUGACGGGCCGGUACAACGGGUGCGAGGCCGUCGACUUCCUGUCCACGCCGCCCGUGCCGGGCCUGCUGCGCCGCUACGUCAACCACCCGGCCGUGUGGUGCCACAAGAUCGGCGACAUGUCGUACGAGGACGGCGCCAUGCUCGAGCCCCUCUCCGUCGCCCUCGCCGGCCUGCACCGCGCCGAGGUGCGCCUCGGCGACCCCGUGCUCGUCUGCGGCGCGGGGCCCAUCGGCCUCAUCACCAUGCUCUGCUGCAAGGCCGCGGGCGCGUGCCCGCUCGUCAUCACCGACAUCGACGAGGGCCGGCUGCGGUUCGCCAAGGAGAUCUGCCCGGAGGUGAUCACGCACAAGGUGGAGCGCGUGCCGGCCGAGGACGCGGCGCGGGCCGUGGUGGCGAGCUUCGGGGGCGUCGAGCCCGCGGUGGCGCUCGAGUGCACGGGGGUCGAGAGCAGCAUCGCGGCCGCCAUCUGGGCCGUCAAGUUCGGCGGCAAGGUCUUCGUCAUCGGCGUCGGCAAGAACGAGAUCCAGAUCCCCUUCAUGCGCGCCAGCGUCCGCGAGGUCGACCUGCAGUUCCAGUACCGCUACAGCAACACCUGGCCACGCGCCAUCCGCCUCAUCCAGAACGGCGUCAUCGACCUGACCAGGCUGGUUACCCACCGCUUCGGCCUCGAGGACGCCCUCAAGGCCUUUGACGCGGCAUCGGAUCCCAAGACGGGCGCCAUCAAGGUCAUGAUUCAGAGCUUGGAUUGAGGGUCAGAAUUGUUAUUUUUUUUUUCUGUGCCAUUCUUUUCUCUUUUUACUUUUUUAUUUUUUAUUUUCCUCUACCUCUUUUUUUUUUUUUUUGUGUUUCUGGUCUUAUUGUCACACCCGAUUCUCAGUUUACUUGCAUUUCGAGACCGGCGCAUAGAGAUCUAGCGUGUAAAGUGAGAUUUGAACCGAGCUCGGCGGCACUGUUAGAUAGGAAUCCGAGUCAGUUGAACCCGCCGUUCAAGAGACGCUUACUGUGUAACUAUUGUGUAACUAUUGUGUAGGGGUUGUUUAAGAC